AUGGGGCAGCAGUAUCCUCAGCUUGUGAAUCCUCGUGGAGUAUUUCUAAUGUUUUCCUUACUUUUCCUGUUUCUUCUGGUGAUGGUGGGAGCAGAGGUGCAGGAGAAGUUGUUGCCAGAAUGCAAGCAGUUCAUGUACAUGGGGACUCUGCCACGUGGACUAGAAGAUCAACCGUUUAAGAAGAUAUGUCAGUACUACAGUGGUCGUCCAAGAUUCUUUACCUUGUAUGACAGCUUCAGCCAUAUUCCCGUGUAUUCUGCAUAUACGUUCAAACGCUCAGAUGGUACGAGGAAAGUGGAUGUACCCUGGAUGUAUGAACCUCAGCUUGCUCUUUCAUCCGGCUCUCGGGACAUGCAGCCUUUCCCACCCGAAGCCAUGCACAAGAGUUUUGAGGACACUCAGGCCGUGCUGGACGACUACUCCGACAGCGUCUACUAUGAGCGGGGUCAGCUGAACCCAGACGCACACCAGGCCCAACCAGAGGACAAGGCAGCCACUUACACUUUAACCAACGUGAUACCUCAAGUCCACGAGUUCAGCAUCGGCCCAUGGAAAGAGCACGAACACAUCAUCCGAAGACGGCUUAACAAUUACUGUCGUGGUACGGCCUAUGUAGUUACAGGUGUGACUACUACCGGGCAUAUGAUCCGACGUCAAAAUUUAAAUCGAGUAGGUAUACCGAGAUAUCUGUGGUCGGCUUACUGUUGUACCAAUUACGACCAUAAUGCACCAUUUGACGAGCGCUCCAAGUUCCCUGCGUUUGCAUCACGUGGGUUGAAUGACAGGGAAGAUAAUAAAGUGCAGGAGAUGUCAGUGUCGCAGCUAGAGGAGUUUCUGAAGCAGGUGACAUAUGUAGGGAGCACUUUUCAAAUCUUCUAUGACAACUGUGCCCCGCCAAAUAGUGCAUAG